UUCAUGUAACGCCGACCCAAUUGCGGGGUUUUACAGUGAGAUUCGUCUGUUGAGUUGCAAUGACUACCCGUCCAUUUACGACGAGAGUGCGAUGUGUUACAGUAACGAAGGGCAGAUCUCGCUUUGGCCUCUCAUUGGCGGACGGGGUCAGGUGAUCGAAGAUGAAGGGUCCAAGGUCAACGCGUUCUGCUCGGCCAGCUGUACGAACUGCAGUCGGCCGCAGUGGUUCGACCCCAACGGAAUAGAAAUCGCAACUGAGGGGAAGGAGAACAGCAUCGGAGAGGUAUACAGCACCGAUGUCGGUACAUUCACCUCCAUGCUGACUAUUACGUCAUUGAAUUCAUCAUGGGUUGGCGAAUACAUCUGCUUGUUUAAGAAUAUGGAGAAAACAAUGUUCAUCAAGUUAAAUGGAACACAAAACGUUUCUCAAACGACACCGUCAACGCCGUCUGAAGGAAAUUCGACGUCGAAUCAGUCAACGACUGCAAACGUAACGAUGACUCCCAACGUCACAAUGACGUACAACUCCACAAUGACGUACAACGUCACGCUGCCUCCAACACAAAACGUCACAAAGAUUUACAAUGACACGGUGCAGCCUACACCAAGCUCCAUAAAUGAUACGUCACGUAACGUCACAAUGAUGAUGAAUUACACCAUGGAAUCAGGAGCGACAGAUUCGAACGUUACCACAUCCGCGAACCUGGACCACAACACCACCAGGUCCAACGUAACCACACUAUCAGGGAAUGGGACCGCGCCCUCUACUAUUUGCCCCGCAAACGGAACCGUUUUGGCGCGCUCCUACGUCAUCAAUGAUCGGGGUAUGACGUCAUUCUUCAGGGGUUGGGCCGACGUUCAGGGACAGGGGGCGCCAAAUGACUUUUGCAGGAUAGUAAGGGCUGAUGGCAAGCCGUUCAUGUCUUGUCUUCUCGCUGGUUCGAUGGAAGAUGACUUACUAGCGUAUACCUCACCCAACGCCUCUGAGGAAUGGUUUGACCCGGGCUAUUCCAAUACUUGGUACAUGAAGGACGAGGACGGAGAUGGACGAGACGACUAUUGCAGAUGCGUCGGAAGCGUACCGGAUACAUCGGUUGUGUGUAUGAAGGCUGGACCAGCCGGAUUCGAGGGUCAGGAGAGUGAUUUUACACCGGAAGGUUCACCGAUGGAUUGCUUUCACCUCACCGCUGACCCUUUCUUUGGAUUUCCGUAACCUGUGGAGUAAAUUCCAAUAACUUUGACAUACUUUUUAAAUCAAAUAUUAUUAGCAGCAAACAUCAAAUAGGCACGGGGAGUCUGAAGGAAGUAUUACCUCAUGAGCCGCUCAUUACAUUGGCUUGCAGGCCGAUCCGUUUGUGGUCUGAAGGCCGGUUGAUCGGAAAAUACACUUUGCCCAAAAAGUUGGAAUACAUUUAAGUUUAUAGAAGCCUACCUCUUUUCAUGUAGUGAUUGUGAUAAUAUUUUAUUCCUGAUCGCUGUGAUAAAUAAAACACACGUAUGUUUGGGCGGGGAGCGUGACGUCAAACGGGGUAUAUCCAGGAGGUGUUUCAUCAAGACCCU